AUGAAACAUGCUACAACAAAUAAAACCGCACCUCCCAGCAAAUUUUUGCGGAAGGGAUUGUGCUGUCCUGACUGCGGACCCAUGGGCAUUGUAUUACUUGAUCAUUGUGAAGGCAAUCAAAUUUGCAACAAUUGCGGGAGAGUUUUGGAAUCUCAUAUGAUCUCAGAUGAACAAGAAUGGCGCAGUUUUAACACAGAAAGUUCAGGGGGAGCUGGAUCCGAUAGAAAUCGCGUGGGCGAGGCGUUAGAUCACUGGACUGAGUCCCAAGUUUCGGCCACAACUUUUCUAGGAGGCGGAAAGAGGCUACAACAGAUCCAAGAGUCUACGAGUGUUUCGAACCAGCAAGACAGAUUGCUUCGUCAAGCCUUUGUUCAACUUCGUUCCAUUGCCGAGUGUUUUGGGUUGCAGGAGCACACGAUGGAAAGAGCUAAGGAGAUCGCCAAAGAUUUGCAAUUGGCCGGUCAUUUGAAGGGGAGAUGCAAUACCCUUAAUAUGUUAGCUGUGACGUAUUUAGCGUGCCGUGAGGCUUCACUAUUUCGCACAGUUAAGGAGUUGAUUGUAUACGACAGAAGUUUGACUGAAAGGGACUUGGCAAGGAGUAUAAACAAGCUUAAAAAGUUUCUUCCACAUCGCGGAGCAGCGUUUUUUGAAUCCGCCUCGCAGCUUCUUGACAGAUUUUGUUCCAGGCUAUCACUAUCUACCAAUUUAUGUUCAGUGGCUGAGCAUGCGGUUGAAAAGGCUUGUAAUAUUGUGACAACUGCGCAUAGGCCUACUAGCAUGGCUGCAGGAGUUUUGUUUUUGAUUGUACAAAUAUUUACUUUGGAGGGGUCGGAUGAAAAAAUGCCCAGCAUUUCUGAUAUAGCCCGGGUUUGCAGCGUGGGUGAACACACAGUUAGACGAACAUUUAGGGAAUUAUUGCCUAUUGCCACCCGGAUUUUGCCUGCUAACUUCCAAUCACAGCAUUAUGAAGGCAUACAACGGGUACUGGAACUUAAGAAGUAA